GAGACUUUCUAGAUUUCAGUAAGGUGAUGUACACUGUUGAGUUCACACGGCUUCGCUUGGGGAUUUCCGUAUACAAAAAUUUAAUUUUCCAGUUUUUUUUUCGGAACAAACAGUUGAAAUUUUCUUUUAACUUCAGGACAAGCGUUCUGUCGCUGUCGCCGAGUGUGGUUCGGUGGAAGGCGCGCACAAGAAUUGUGCGUCUCGAGUUCAGUCGUUGUUACAACUCGAGUGCGACCGAACUCGCUGCGCUAAUUAUUGAUCAAGAAAAUAAUACACGUUAUACACCAAUCAGUUUUCCAACUUGAUUUAUUACAACAAUGCCACGAACACGCAGGGGGGCUAAUUUGAGUCGUCAAACAAACAGAUCUAGAGGUAUGCAAGAUAGAAGAGCAAUAAGAUCAGAUGCAGAAAGGCAACAAAGUAAUGCAGAUGUCCGUGUAAGAAUGGCGCAGUUACGAGAUGAGCGAAACCAACAAAGACAAUUGGAACGAAGAGAAGCGCGCAGAUUCGUAGCCAACAGACGUAGAGGGAUUGACCAACAUCAACAAGUACUUCGAGCAUUUACAUCACAUUCAUUUCUUCGACUAGCAUUUCAGUAUGAGCCUGAUGUUGAAUAUUACGCUCAUUCCAAAGUGGUAAUUGGUACAUUGGACAAGGAAUGCCCGCACUGUCAAGCCCUUAAAUUUAAAAAUGAGCCAAUUGGGAUGUGUUGCUCAUCAGGAAAAGUGAAACUUCCAGAAAUUGAAACACCGCCGGAACCAUUGCACGGCCUCCUUAUUGGUACUGAUCCAAAUUCUUCGCUGUUCUUGCGUUCAAUUCGGCAAUUCAAUUCAUGUUUUCAAAUGACAAAUCACCUCAAUUCACCAUUUGCAACGCGCAUUGUCAGCGAGCUGGACGCUCUGUUAAAUGAGCACAACGAAUUGUUGAAAUUAUUCAAAUCACAUAUGCAUAAGCUACAAAGUGACAAUCACGCUAUUUUCAUCAAUCCUGAUAGAACACCAGCUGGAGGGCAUAUACGUCGAUUCAACGCACCUGUUGUUGACGACGUGGCUGGAAUCAUGGUUGGCGACCAUACAGCUACGCGACAAAUCGUGAUUCGAAGAAGAAAUAAUUCUCUUCAGUCCAUUCCUGAUACCCAUCGUUUAUAUGAUGCUCUCCAAUAUCCACUCAUUUUUUGGAAGGGACAAGACGGAUAUUGCAUAAACCUUAAGCAACGAGAUCCGGUAACAGCAAUAAAAUUACCAACCGCAAUUUUAAUUUUUCAAAAGCGGGCACAGCGAAGCGUGGCAGGGCAUGUGAACAUGCGCGUUCAAACGCUUCAGGAUCCAUCCGCCGAAACUUUUUCGAAACAGCUAUUAGAUAUUGGCAAUGGGAAAGUUGCCGUACAUGAAAAUACUGGAUCAAUAAAAUUACCAACCGGUUUUUGCACAAUCGUCCACUCGCAAGAUGUUCUCAUCGACUGUAUAUUUCCCGAUGUACACACACAAUAUAUAUAGUAAUAUAUACUAGCAAACCCGGCGAACUUCGUAACGCCUAACAGUCAAAGAAUUUCGUGUUACCUUUUAGCUUGAAACUUGCCAUUUAAAAUGGUGGC